UGAAACGGAAACGGAAAACAGCGGGCCGGUUUGAAAGGGAGGACUCGUCGCCGUGGUUACUGCCAGGGGGGCGUCCGGGAAAGUUUAAUUCACAUUUAAAGAGAGAGAGGGGAGAUUCAGAGCUGUUAGAGGAUAAAUAUAUGGGGCAUUUUAGCGUUGUUUUAAGGCUGUCCGUUGAGAUGACGUCACGCUAUUAAAUUGUAAAUAUGACCGUUAGGAGGCUAACGUUAGCAGAGUUAGCCAACGUAGCAUCGUAGGAUGCCAAGGAGCUUUUUCUAGUUGUUUAGUUUUAUUUCCUUUCAUUGGUCGGUCCAAAAUGUGCUCACACGAGAGCAGUCGCGUCCUGGUUCUGGAGGAGGAGGUGAAGAAUUUAUCAGAGGAGUUAAUUCAGUGUCAGGCAGACAAGGAGUUUGUGUGGUCUCUGUGGAAACGGCUGCAAGUGGCGAAUCCGGACUUGACCCAGGCCGUCAGUUUGGUGGUGGAGCGCACCUACAUGGGUUAUGACGGAAUCAGGUGCAGAUGCUGGUUUAAGCCCUGUUAUCCCCGCUCUCCCAGUUCAAACAACGGAAACCUCUUUAAUGAAAACACUUCUCCUCCGCUGCUCUCAUGCUGGACAGCUGAAGCAUUCCUGCCAAAUGCUCGUCUUUACCGGAUAAAUCGUAAGAUGGAUGAGAAGCAGAAAACUGAGAUGAAGGACAGAAAAGUGCUGGAGAUCCUGCAGUCCAAAGACUUCAUGAUCCAGGACCUAGAGCAGAAAGCGUCAGGGCAGCAGCAGGAGAUUAAGAGGCUGCUGCUGAAGAAGACGGCGACGGACGAGCAGGACGGCGCUUUAACGAAGGAGUUGACAACGCUGCGUGCCGAGUUGGACAACAAGAAACGGCAACUGGAGGAAAUGAGGACGGAGCAGAGAAAAAAGGAAGAGGAGGAGCAGCGGGUGGUGCGCGCUCUGGAGGAGGAGAAAGAGGGAUUAAGGUCCCGCUGCGAUGCCCUGAGUGCUGACCUGCAGGAGAAACGGAGGCAGGCCGACAGCCAGCGAGGCGAGAGGGACGCCGCCCAGGCCAGACUAAAGGCUCUGGAGAAGGAGCUGCAGCGUGUUUGUCAGGAGCUUCCUAAACUGAAGGCACACAGCGCCGUUUUGGCUGCAAAGCUUUCUUCCAAAGAGACGGAGUUGGCUGCAAAACAAGAUCGACUUGAACAAAUACAGCGUGAUUUUGCUGAAGUCCAGGGUCUGUACAAGCAAAGCACGGAGCACGCAGCCGAACAGAGCCACCUGAUCAAGCAGCUGGAGGGACUCAACCUGGACACCCAGAGGGUCCUGAGGAACCAGGAGGAGGCGCACACAGCCGACGCCACUUCCUACCAAGGGCUGUACAAAGAGCUGAGUCAGUGCUACCAGGCCCUGGUGUCCAGCGAGACUAAGCUGCGGCAGAGUCACCAGGAGCUCAGCACCCAGGUGGUCCAGAAAGACGAGCAGAUCUCCGAACUGCAGGCUCAGCUGCAGAAACAACAGGAACAAAUCCAGCUGCUGCAGCAGCAGCACACGCAGCCUGCAGCUCUCUCACCAAACAGACAAACCAACCUCAAGCAAUUCGCCGCUGCGCCGUCCGAUCGGGCCUCCACUCAGAGUUCAGAUCCAAGGCCAGAGGACAGACAUUUCCCUCAGCGAUCCCCCAGCAGUGUGAAAAGACUGCAGGGUGCACCUGUGCAGCGGUCCAGGUCUCUGUCCCCAGCCGGCAGCGUGGGGUUGGGAAGUGGGAGGAGGAUGGAAGCAGAACAAAGAAUUCAAGACCUGGAGGAGCUGCUGCAACUCAAGAGCGGCGAGAACGAGGAGCUAAGGAAGGCUCACGAUAAACGCCGUGAACGUCUGUGUCUGGUCCAAACCAACUACAAGACCAUCCGAGAUCAGAUGAAGGAGAUGGAGAAAUCACGUGGCUUGUCAGGUGGAAGGAAACAGCGCCCAGAGCCGUGGCAGCUUCGACAAGAGAACAGUGACGCUGUGUGGAACGAGCUGGCCUACAUAAAAAACCUCAACAGAAAAUUCACCGCUGAAAAAGUUGCCCUGGAAGAGGAGCUGGACAUGCUGCGGGUCCAGUCUGCUAUGGACCGAACCACAGCGAAGGAGCUCCACAUGUGUCUCACUAAUGAUCAUCAAGAGCUGCUUCAGAAAAUGGCAGAGGAGCAGCAGGCCAAAAGCAGCACUCCGAUCAAACCUCCUCUCUCGUCGAGCCGGCUGAAACAGUCUUUUAAAAAGAUGAAGUAUUUGGAGCAGAAGUUGGUGCUGAUGGAGCAGCAGACAGCGGCGCUGAGGGAAGAGAGGCAGCAGCUGCUUCAGGCCAACGAAGAGCUGGCCCACAACUGCCGACGACUCCAGGCAUCCGUCGACUUUCUGAGGGACCAGGAAGGUGACCGGGAGGAAGAGGCCCGGGUCCGUGACGAGCAGCACCGUGGCGAGGUCACGGCUCUGGAAUCCCGCCUGGUCGCGGCUCAGAAAGAAAUCGCCAGGCUCAAUAAUCACCUGCUGAAGCUGAAGCAGGAGCUGGGUAUCGCCAGAGCAGCCAGGGACUUCCACAGGAACCGAGCAGCAGGCCCGGCGCGGCCGGCCGGGACCGCCAACAACAUCAGCGCCAAGGUCAAACCGAAGACAACCUGGCACAGAGGCCUUCCACGGCCGCGCCACCACCCAGCAGUCAGCUCCAAUCAAGCCAUCAGCUGGCACGGCCGUAACCUCAGCCCCACUAAGGACGAGUGGGAGGACAUGAGCGCAGAUAGUGACAGUGUUGAGGAGUACUCGGAUAGUCUGAACGGGGAAUCCUCUGGGACCGAGCGUCACACGCAGCAAACUCAUGGAAAGUCCUACAGGCAGUUGAUGAGCAAAAGCCCAUACGCACCAGCAACUGGAUCCAAGAGCAGACAAGAUGAUAAACAGCAGGAGCCCUGGGAGCGAGGGACAAGAGGGGAGAAACGGAGGUGGAGGAGGAAGAAGAGGCUGACGAAGGCCCAGCACUGCUCCUCCUCCUCCUCUCUGCAGCAGCGCGUUGAGUCUCUGCAGCGCCACAUAGACAUCCUGCAAAGUGCCAGGCAGGAUGCUCUGCUUGCAGCCAGAGAGCUGCAAGAGGCCAAUGAAGUGAUCAAGGUGCAGCUCUGCGCGCUCACUGUGCAGCUCAACAGCAGCAAGCAGCUCACACAGAAGCUGACCUCUGACCUGGCUGGUGUGGAGCAGCAGAAAAAGGUUUUGGAGAUGGAGCUGGAGCAGUGGAAGCGGAUUACGCUCCCCCCAAAAGCAGCACCACCCACUGCACCAGCAAACACUGAGUGUUCCUGUCAGGGCAGAACCGGACCGGCCCUCCAGUCCCUGGAGGCCGAGGUCAAGCAGCUUCAAGUCAAACUUAAGAGCUCAAACGCUGAAGCCACAAAGCAGAUGGCGGCUAACAAAGCCCUGCGCGGGCAGCUCCAGGAGAAGGAGGACAAGCUCAGCCAGCUGCAGGACAAGGUGAGCCACGCUGAGCGAGACGUGGCCAUGAAAAGGCAGCUGGUGGAGGACCUGAAGACCAGACUAAAGGUCCUGCAGGACAUGGAGAGAAGUUACCGGGCUCAAGUGGAGGACCUGGACAAGAAGGUGAAAACGCUGUCGGAGGAAGCCUCCAACAGGAAGGCGCUGAUUGAAUCCCUGAAGAGGAGGUUAAAUGUUGCAACAACAGAGAAAGGCCAGCAUGAGGCGUCCUGUGCAAAACUGAAAGACGACAUGGAGAAAAAGGAGCAGCGGAUCCAGGCCCUGCAGGCGCGUGUUGGAGCCGGUGAGCAGGCCUUGUCCGCCCUGGAACAGACCGCCACCGAGCAAAUGGAGGGAUUGACCAAGCACAGCUCCCAGGCCCUGGACCGGCUUCAGAGACGGCUGGGCCAGGCGGGCUCGCAGGUGGAGCAGCUGCACUGCUUCAUCAAGACCCUGGCCAGUGAAAUACUUUUAGACGUUCAAGAGGUCAAACAGCAGCUGAUGAGCAGGAGGAGGCAGAGGCAGGCCAGCUCUGUGGCGGAGAAGAGCAGCCUCUCAGCCAAGUCCAUGAUCAAAGCCAAGUCCAUCGCUGCCUCCAUCCUCAAUAUGUCAGAGAAUGAUCUGGCAGAUAUAAUGGAAACGGAUCAGAGGUCGGCCACCUGCACAGAGACGUCCAGAGACCAGGUCUGGUUGGACCAGCUGAACUUCAUCCUCCAGCAGAAGAUCCCCUCUGCCGGCCAGCUAAUGGAGGCUGUGCGCGUGAAGAUGAAGGAGAGGAAAGUGCUGACAGAAGAGCUGGCCGCGCUCGCAGCACCAGUCAGCGAAAAACCCUGACUCCCCGGGCUGGGGCUGGGAAAACUGUCAUCCUCUCCUCUUUCAGCCCCUCCACCAUCCUCUGACUUUCCCGCCCGGUUCCUGCUCAGCGCUGGCCGGUCUGAGCCAAACGGAGCCGCGGCAGCAGAACCAAUAUUUGUGGGAAAAAAAAAAAAAAAAGAAGGAAAGCUGUCGACUCACUCCGGGCCUCCGACUCGCACCCCGACUUUAGUAAAUGAGCCCUCGACAUCUGUGUUAGCGCUCAGCGCGCUCCGGCUGUCAGGCGGGGCCCCUCGGAGCCAAACUAAUUUACGGUGCAGUCCUGAACUCGGGGAGGGGGGAACAUGGCAGACGCUUACGCUGAUCUUUAACUUACACCUUUAUGAACCUUCUGCUUCCUUUCCCCUUUAUUUUAUCCGACUGCUGAAGGCCUGGAGCUGCUGGUGCCAAAAGGACAUUUUGAAACUCUCAGAUCUGUUUGUAACCUUGGUAAAGAUGAGCAAAAUGCCUUACACUGCAAAAACUAAAGAUCUAACCACCUAUUAUCAGUUUGGUUCCUAAAUAUCUUGGUACACUUAAAAUAACACGAAACUAACUUACAAGUACGUUUUCAGCAAAAUAUGGGAGAUUGAUUUAAGUCAAUAAUUCCUUAAUAAUGAUGAAAAAGUUCUGGUUCCAUUAGCAGAUAAUCUCACCUGUAAAGUCAGAGUGAAAUAAUCUGCCGGUGGAACUACUGUCCAAUAUUAAGGAAUUAUUGACAUUAAUCAGGAUCCUGUAUGUUACUGAAAAGUUACUUACAAGUUAAUUUUGUGUUAUUUCAAGUGUAUUAGAAACUAGAUAAAAAUACGAGGUAAGGUUUUGUGUUUUUGCAGUGUAAAAUUAACCCUUUAUGUUCCAGAAGCGUCACUUCACGUUGAAAAUGUCAGAAUAAUUGUACGAAAAAGUCUCUGGAAAUAUUUCUGUCGUAAUAAAGCGGCGAGCCGUUUUCUGCUGAAGGC